AUCAUGCCGGAAGUCAAUUUAUAACAUAUGGCAUGGAAUGGCUUCGGUGCGAAAAAAGACCAUGUCACUGUCGUGUCUGUCGAUAUACAGGCACACCAAUCGAUGAAAGGAAGAUUAAAACACUCGGAAUUGGAGUUUGAACAUUCGCCAGACAGCAUGUCAACAACUCCAGUUUCCCCUGGAUUUUCGCACACUAGAUCAGAUUCAGAGACGAGCUCUGAUGAUAAAUUGGACCAAGAUCUAGAGGAUAUGGCCAAUUGGCAUGAAGACCAGGGUUCAAUAUACUCACAGCAGAAUUUUCCCAAGAACAAUCUGUAUCAGGAGAUGACAGAUCCUGAACAGGAUGAUUCAGAGGCCUACAGUGAAUCCGAAGAUGAGAACCAAAAGGAAAUGAAUUGUGACUGGUGUAGUUCUUAUGACUUCACUGUAUUCAACUCAGAAUUAGCAGUCAACAAAAUUCCUAAUUCUGAUACUAUGACUAAACUUGAAUGGCUGUGCUAUCAGUUUCAUAGGUUUGUGUCCCAUCCAUCAAUGAGCAAAGCAGAGUUUACACACAAUCUUCAGAUGCAGAAAAUAAUACACAAUGACAAAGACAAUAUAUAUGCUUCCUUCUUCUUUCCAUGAAGCGAGACGUAUGGUAGAUCCAUUUAUUAUGAAAAAGGUUUUCAGUGCCUGUGUUAACGAUAGUGUGAUUUUCAGAAACAAAGAAAAAUACUCUUAUGGGGAUCUUACAGAAUAUCCUAUUUGUCAUGAAGGCAGAUACUUAUCUUCAGGUAAAAGGCUAGCACCAAGAAAAACAUUUGUGUAUGUACCAAUAGGUCCCAGACUUGCAAGGACAUUCAGAGAUAUUGGCACAGCUGGUAAAAAGUCAUCCUGGCAGUUCAUUUAAUGAAGAACAAAUUGGGGACAUUCGUCACUCUCCAGUGUGGAAAGAGAUUUACUCUGCUGAUGGGUACUUCAGUGGUGAUCUUGCAGGUAUUUCCUAUGCUCUUGGAUGGUGUAAAUCCGUUCCACAACAUCGGCGCCAGAUAUUCUAUGACACCAAUCAUGCUUACCAUGUUGAACCUACCACGCCACAUACGAAAUAAUUUCGGGAACAUUAACUUGGUAGGAAUUAUACCAGGAAUGGGGAAAGUGGAAACUGUCCCCUUUAAGCUGAGUCAGAAUUUGAAAAAUGCCAUUACCAUGCCCGUGUUAAAGGAGCAUGCUGAAAAAUCACUCUGCAUUCAUGUUUUUGAACUAGUUGACUAUGGAGACACUGUAUUAGUUCAUCAUAGUAGACUAGGAAAGAAGUGCAUCUUAGUCCAAAUAACACCAAAUCUCACAUUCAUAGGUGUUUUCACCGAAUACACUUGAACAUAACUGACUCAACAUAGUCAUAUUUUGUGUAAACUCAUGUACAUUAAUAGCCUACAAUUGUCUUUGUAAAGGGUAAUAUAUCUAUUAAAAAAUUGUUAAACUGA